AUGAGAGAGAUUCUGCACGUUCAAGGUGGCCAAUGUGGGAAUCAAAUCGGUUCCAAGUUCUGGGAGGUGAUAUGCGACGAGCACGGCAUCGAUGCAACCGGAAAGUACUGUGGCGAUUCCGAUUCCGAUCUUCAACUUGAGAGGAUCAAUGUCUAUUACAACGAAGCUUCCGGCGGAAGGUACGUUCCUAGGGCUGUUCUCAUGGAUCUGGAACCUGGUACCAUGGAUAGCAUCAGAUCCGGCACCUACGGCAAGAUCUUUCGCCCGGACAACUUCGUCUUUGGUCAGUCCGGUGCCGGUAAUAAUUGGGCGAAAGGUCAUUAUACCGAAGGUGCUGAGUUGAUCGAUUCUGUUCUCGAUGUUGUUCGUAAAGAGGCUGAAAAUUGUGACUGCUUGCAAGGUUUUCAAGUUUGUCACUCGCUUGGAGGCGGCACGGGUUCUGGCAUGGGAACACUCUUGAUAUCGAAGAUCAGGGAGGAAUACCCGGACAGAAUGAUGCUCACUUUCUCUGUUUUCCCUUCUCCUAAGGUAUCAGACACGGUUGUGGAGCCAUAUAACGCUACUUUAUCCGUGCACCAACUAGUAGAGAAUGCAGAUGAGUGCAUGGUUCUUGACAAUGAAGCACUUUAUGACAUUUGCUUCAGGACUUUAAAACUUACUACUCCUAGUUUUGGUGAUCUGAACCAUCUGAUUUCUGCAACUAUGAGUGGAGUUACCUGUUGUUUGAGGUUCCCUGGGCAACUGAACUCUGACCUCAGAAAGCUUGCUGUGAAUCUGAUCCCAUUCCCACGUCUUCACUUCUUUAUGGUGGGGUUUGCGCCUCUCACCUCUCGUGGGUCUCAGCAGUACGUGGCUCUCACUGUCCCGGAACUGACACAGCAAAUGUGGGACGCCAAAAAUAUGAUGUGUGCCGCUGAUCCUCGGCAUGGACGAUACUUGACGGCAUCUGCAAUGUUCAGGGGAAAGAUGAGCACCAAAGAGGUGGAUGAACAAAUGAUCAAUGUGCAGAAUAAGAAUUCUUCAUACUUUGUUGAGUGGAUUCCCAACAACGUGAAGUCAAGUGUGUGCGAUAUUCCACCCAAGAAUUUGAAGAUGUCAUGUACUUUUAUUGGUAACUCCACAUCAAUUCAGGAGAUGUUUAGGAGGGUGAGUGAGCAAUUCACUGCAAUGUUCCGGCGCAAAGCUUUCUUGCACUGGUACACAGGGGAAGGAAUGGACGAGAUGGAGUUCACCGAGGCAGAGAGCAACAUGAACGAUUUGGUAGCAGAGUACCAGCAGUACCAGGACGCAACCGCCGAGGAGGAGGAUGAGUACGAUGAAGAGGGUGAGAAUACUUACGAGGAGCAGUAGCUGAAGCUGAUCAUCCACGUCCUUCUUGUA